GCGCCAGCGGACCAUCUUCCGGUACACCGCCGACCUCUUGGAGUUGGCCAGCGACCAGGACGUGCGGAACUGGCACGUCGGGCUGAAGAAGCUCUGGCGCGACCACGUGAACCCUGAGAUCUUUAAGAAGGACGAGGGGACAAGUGUCCCGAUGCAGGAACUCGGCCGGCAGAUCCAGGUCAUGGAGCGUAAGGCAUCCAUGCUGGCUCUGCGCAGCAAGCGGGGCGAAGCCACCUGCAAGGCAGACACACGCCGGAAAACACAGGAGAAUUCCUUACUGAUCCACGAGCUGGAAGAGCUCCGGAUCGAGAAGAAGUCUCUCCAAGCCGAAGUGCAGGAGUUGGAGCUGCAAGUGCAUUUGGCCGAGCAAAGAGCAGAGAACAAGGAGAUCCGGAAAGCUUUGCCGGGGAAGUCUGGGCUGGAGCGAAGCAGCAGCAAUCCCAGGCAAGUGCCACAGGCCGCCCAAGGCCUUUUCGACGAGGCUCCGGCCAUCCACAGAGGGCCAAAGGGAAGCAAAGUGAGCAGUGGCCCAGUCGCCAAGAAGCAGAGUGCCCACAAGUCCCAGGAAGAGCUGCGCAAGGCGAAGCUGAGCCGCAAGGUUGCCGAGCAACGGGAGCAGCAGCGACACCAGCAGAGGGUGCGAGAAGAGCUUGUGCCCCAGGAGUUGGACAGCCUCAUGAAGCGGCGGACUGAAGAGGAGCAUCUUAGGUCUACCAGCUCAGCGGGUGGCUCCCAAGCGUCGAGCGGGCCUCCGGUGGGCGGUGCGCUGUCAGUUGUGCGAUUCCAUCAAAAGGGAUCGCCUGCCGGCUCUGUGGAUUCCGUCUAA